CGGUAGUCGAGAAGUAGCGAACCAUAGAAUAGUAAUGUCGACGGCUUUGACCAUACUGCCAUUGCUGCUGGUGGUAGCAGCGGCUUUCACGAUCAAGGCUUGCGCUGCAGCUCUCGAGGCUCUCCCAGGCUGCCAGGACAGCUGCGGCGGCACUGCCAUCCGAUACCCGUUCGGCAUCGGCGCCGGUUGCUACCGCCCGGGUUUCGAGAUCAUCUGCGAUGGCGGCACGCCGGUGCUUUUCGGCACCACGAGGGCGGUCCCGUUGAGCAACCUCUCCAUCAGCACGGCGGAGGCGCUCGUGAUGUUGCCCGUCGCCUGGCAGUGCUACAACUCCUCGGACCAGGUGUAUGACGUCGACUACGGCGACGUGCAGUUCAACAAGGCCGGCGUGUACCGCAUCUCCAACGCCCGGAACCAGGUCGUCGUCGUCGGCUGCAACUCCCUGGGCUACACCGAGAGCCAGCGGAGUGAAGGCAGCGACUACUCCUACGCCUACUACACCGGCUGCAUGUGCUUCUGCAACAACUCUGCGAGCGCCGUGGACGGCGUCUGCUCCGGCGUCGGGUGCUGCCAUGUCGACUUCCCGUCCGGCCUCACCAACAACAACAUGAACUUCAGAUCGUACACCCAUAAGAAUAGGCUGGACUUCAGCCCUUGCGACUACGCCUUCUUCGUAGACAAGAACUACACCUUUCACACCACAGACCUCAAGAUGGAUCGCAACAGGACGAUGCCGGUGUGGCUGGACUGGGCCAUCAGGGACAACCAGACCCAGACGUGCGAGGAGGCCAAGAAGGGGCAGGGGCACAACUAUGCCUGUGUCAGCUCCAACAGUGACUGUUACAACUCUACCAAUGGACCUGGCUACGUCUGCAACUGUAGCAUGGGCUACGAUGGCAAUCCAUAUGUUACCAAUGGAUGUACUGAUAUCAAUGAGUGCGAACGCCCGGGAUACCCAUGUUUCGGCAAUUGCCGGAACACGGAAGGUUCAUAUGAAUGCACAUGCCCUAGUGGUACCCACAGUGGUGAUCCUUUCAAAGAACCCUGCAGCUCCAAUUUUCCCUUACCAGCACAAAUUUCCAUAGGUGUAGUAGGUGGUCUUCUCAUCAUAGCAGUUCCCGUGCUGGUCGCCCUGAUUCUCAAAGAGAAGAGAAAGAUGAAAGAGUUCUUUGAGAAGAACGGGGGUCCCACGCUAGAGAAAGUCAACAACAUCAAGCUGUUCAGGAAGGAGGACCUGAAGCCGAUCUUGAAAAGCAUCAACCUCAUCGGACAAGGCGGUUUCGGGGAGGUUUACAAGGGGCAUCUCCACAGCAACAGCCAGCCAGUCGCGGUUAAAAAGCCGAAGAAUGCCGCGCCGCCGCCGGCGAAGAAGAAGAAGCAGAAGACCGGCGACGGCGGCGGUGCCUUGGCACAGAAGGACGACCAGUUCGCGAACGAGGUCAUCAUCCAGUCCCGGAUCAUCCACAAGAACAUCGUCAAGCUCAUAGGCUGCUGCCUCGAAGUCGACACGCCGAUUCUGGUCUACGAGUUCGUGUCCAAAGGCAGCCUCGACGACAUCCUGCACGGCGGCGGCAGCGGCAGCAGCACCGUGCCUCUCCGUCUGGACCGGCGUCUGGACAUCGCUGCGCAAUCCGCGGACGGUCUAGCCUACAUGCACUCCAAGACUACCACGUCCAUCCUGCACGGCGACGUUAAGCCGGCCAACAUACUUCUGGACGACAACUUUGUGCCCAAGAUCUCUGACUUCGGUAUAUCUAGGCUGAUCGCCAUGGAUAAGCAGCACACCAACUACGUCAUUGGCGACCUCAGCUACAUGGACCCGGAGUACCUUCGGUCUGGCAUACUGACCAACAAGAGUGAUGUGUACAGCUUUGGAGUUGUGCUCCUGGAGCUCAUCACCAGGAAGAAGGCCUCCGCUUCUGACAACAAUGGCCUGCUCAAGAACUUCCUUGACGCUUACACCAAGGACAACAGGUUGGUCACUGAGCUGGUUGAUGCGGAAAUCGCGGCGACGGAAAAUCUUGAGCUCAUUCAUAGCAUGGCGGGAAUGAUCGUGCAGUGCCUAAAUCUCGACAUUGACAAAAGGCCGGAGAUGACAGAUGUAGCCGAGCGCCUUCAGUACAUGGCUAAGAGAUCUCGUGGUUAAAUACAUACAAAUAAUGUGCGUGGUUUGCUGGUGUGAGUCUUUUUAUAUUGUACGUAGUUUGGAAUCCUACUUUAUAUAGACAAGAAAUCAAGCAAUCUAGUAACA